UGAAAUUCGAGGAAAUUCGCAUCCACUUGCGCUAGCUUGCGCAUUAUUUUCCUUUCGAGAUGAAAAUAGAGUUUAAUUUUUAGAAAAUAGUGAUAUUGUAAAUUAUAUUUUUCAAUUAACUUUUUGAUAACGCUUAUUUUAGUUACUAAUUUACAUCGUUACAUGAUUAAAACCGAAGGACUUGUUUAUUUUAUGCUUUGAAUUUUCAUCGUAUGGCUGCUUAUAUCAAUCGCACCAUUUCUAUGAUAUCUACUGACUCUGGCUCUGCUCAUUCGCGAGGACCGAUAUUUCCUGCUAAUGGAGAUAAUAGACAUUAUAGAGAAUCUUCUCCUCUGCAGAUAUUCGUCAAAGCCAAGAAGAAGAUAAAUGAUAUAUUUUCCGAAAUCAACGUCUACGUUCAGGAUUCAACUAAAUAUGUCAACACUAUUCAAAGUAAUAAAACUUUAAUCCAAGAUGAAGAAGCGAAAAAAAUCAACGAUUAUGUCAAUAAGGUCAAAGGUAUUCGGGAGGUAUUGGCCAGGGAUCACAUGAAAGUAGCCUUUUUUGGAAGAACGAGUAGUGGUAAAAGUACCGUAAUCAAUGCUAUGUUGAGGGAUAAAAUUUUACCCAGCGGUAUCGGUCACACGACUAAUUGUUUUGUACAAGUUGAGGGCUCUGAAAAUGGAGAAGCAUAUUUGAUAACCGAAGCAAAUAGUGAAAAGCAAAACGUGAUGUCGGUUGGCAAACUGGCACACGCUUUGUGUGAUGAAAAACUGCAAGAAAGUCAACUAGUUCGUAUAUUUUGGCCGCGAGAUAAAUGUUCUCUUUUGCGCGAUGAUGUCGUUCUGGUCGAUUCUCCUGGAGUUGACAUCACUCCUAAUUUAGACGAAUGGAUCGAGAAGCAUUGUUUGGAUGCCGAUGUAUUUGUUCUGGUCGCUCAUGCUCAGUCUACUCUGAUGAUCACUGAAAAAAGUUUCUUUCACAAAGUCUCCCAAAGAUUAUCCAAGCCGAAUAUAUUCUUAUUAAAUAAUCACUGGGAUACGUCAGCGUCGGAGCCCGAAUACUUAGAUCAAGACGCUAACGAGCAACACAGGGCUCGUGUUCAGCAUACCGAAAGAGCUAUUGAUUUUUUGGUCGAAGAAUUGAAAGUUUGUAGUCAAAAAGAAGCUGCCGAGAGAGUAUUCUUCAUAUCAGCCAGAGAAUGUCUGCAAGCCAGAUGUAAAGAGGCUCAAGGGCAAUCAAUACAAAAUGGAGCCUUGGCUGAAGGUUUUCCCGCGAGAUAUUUCGAAUUUCAAGACUUCGAAAGGAAAUUCGAAGAAUGUAUUUCCAAAUCGGCUGUGAAGACAAAAUUCGAGCAGCACGUUCAACGAGGGAAAGUAAUCGCUAAUGAUAUGCGUGUGACUAUGGAUACACUUUACGAAAGAGCCCAAAAACUGAAAUCCGAUAAAAAUGAAAGCAAGAAAGAAACUUACGAAAAGUUGAACUACACCGAACAAAAACUUUUAUUGCUAACUCAACAAAUGAAAGAGAAAAUCCAACAAAUGGUCAGCGAAACUGAGGAAAAGGUGAAAAAAGCACUGAGUGAAGAAAUUAGAAGACUGUCUGUGUUAGUAGAAGAAUUCAACGCACCGUUCCAUUCCGAUGCGCUAGUGCUGAACGUUUACAAACGAGAGUUACACGCUCACGUUGAAUCUGGUUUAGGAAGUAAUCUCAGAGCCCGUUUAUCGAACGCAUUAGCCAUGAAUAUCGAAAGCAGCCAACGUGAAAUGACCGAACACAUGUCCACGUUAUUACCGGCGGAUAGACGUCAACAGACGUUGGGCAUUUUGGCUCGAAGACAACCGUUUGAAAUAUUGUACAGAUUGAAUUGCGAUAAUCUAUGCGCCGAUUUCCAGGAAGAUUUGGAGUUUAGAUUCUCUUGGGGUGUUACGUCGCUGAUUUCGAGAUUUGUGCAAGGCAAUUCUCGUCAUCAAAUGUCGUUGAAAAAUUACGUAAAUCAGAUUCCGCCUACUCCUCCAUCAUCUGAUGAAUUGUGGUAUUCUCAAGAACAUGUAGUUUAUCCAAAUACGCCGAGAUCAGAAGACUGGUUGAGUGGGUUAGCAUCACGAAUAGCUUUAGCUUCUGUUACCUCGCAGGGUACUAUCGGUGGUCUUCUAGUAUCCGGAUUUAUGUUGAAAACCAUCGGUUGGCGUGUGGUAUUAGUUACCGGUGCGAUAUACGGAAGCAUGUAUUUAUACGAAUGGAUCACAUGGACCAAUAAAGCUAAAGAGAAAGCAUUUAAAAGACAGUACGUCGAUCAUGCUACGAAAAAACUUCGUUUAAUCGUUGAUUUAACAUCGGCCAACUGCAGUCAUCAAGUUCAACAGGAAUUAUCCAGCACUUUCGCCCGACUAUGUCAACUAAUCGAUCAAGCUACUAGUGAUAUGGCAUCAACGAUGAAAGAAUUAGAAAAAGAAAUACAACUAUUAGAAUCGGCAGCCAACUCUGCCAAAGUUCUACGUAAUAAAUCUGAUUAUCUAGCAAAAGAAUUAGAUAUGUUCGAAGAAACAUAUUUACGAAUGUACAAUUGAAAAUUUUAUCUUGUUGAGACGAGCUCGAGUCAUUAACCUAUUAUGUUGUUUUAGUCGUUAUAGUUGUCUUGUUUUUUAACGAUUAUUUUUCAAGUUUUCUUUUCCUGUUUAGGAUUUUUAUUUCGUCGAUUUACUAUGGCAGUUUUUCGCUGGUUUUAAAAUAUCUACGCGUUUGUCUAUUCGGUUUUUGUGGAUACCAGUUUUUAUACAUACAUUUUGAAGUAUUUUUAUCGUAGCUUUAUCCUUCUCAAUUUUAAUAGUUUCGCUGGCCGUUUUAAAUGAUUUUCUAGAAUAUUUAUCUGAAAAUGAAUUUUAGUCUAGUAAUUUAUUAGCUAUACCUACUCAGAAGUGCACGGAAAUGUGUUUUAUUUAAUUCGACUUGUACAUCAAAAAGGUUUUUUUUCGAUUGUUAAGUAAGUUUUAGCUUUUUUGUUUCGCAAAUAAACACAGUUUUCCAGUA